UCUAAUUAUUAAUUUGUUUUUAAAAAAUUUCAUAUAACGAUUUACGAUCAUUUAUGAUGUACAUCUUUUUUUUCUCAACCAUUUAUGAUGUACAUGAGUACAUCUAGUUAGGGUUCUAGGUUGAUUUUUUCUUUUUGCUAACAUCCUAAGCACUACGUCUACUCUACUUGAACUGGCUUCUGAUCUGAAGUUUGGUUUGAUUAUCCUGCUAAAUGUGAAUUAGUACUCAAGUUCAAAAUGUAACUUAUACUCUUGCCACUUUUUAAAUUUAAUGUACCAAAAGUUAACAAAAAAAUUCUUUUAAAUGUUAAAGCCUAUCUUGAAUUUUUUUUUAAACAUUAUUUAAUCAGUGGCAGAAAACAAUACAUUCAAAAUAAUUAGUUAUUAAUCUUUUUCAUAAGAUGUGGACUUAUUCAGCUCUUAUCUAUUUUUAAAAGAUGUAUGCUUAAUUUAUUUUCCACAUAUUUAAAAUAGAAUAAAUUUUAAUAACACAUAUACUAUUUAUGUAAGUAUUAAUUUUAAAUAAUUGCAAAUUAAUAUAUUUAAUAAGUAUAGUUAAUAUUUUUGAAGUUCGUAACUUAUCAUUAUUAACUAAUAAAAAUGUAUAAAAUAAGACCUGUUCUGAAAAAAAUAUCUUUCUAAUAUAGAAGGAUUAAUAUAUAUCAAAAAUUAAACAAAUUGUAAUUAACAAUGGAAAUGGCCAUUCGUCUAAUUGUAAACUUGUAGUGGAGAAAGAUUUAUUCUUACUUUAAUGUGAUUCGUGUCGGUAAAAGAUGUCCGAGGGUCCGGUGAUGUGAUCAUGUGGAACAAGAUGGAGCACCAGGCCUUUCCCUUUCCAAGCUUUAAUUAUUUUGCAUGAUUACUUCUCAAAAUACUAUAGUAGCUACGAAAUUACAGUAUUCCGACUAACCAUACGUGUAGGUUGUCAAAAAGAUAUCAUACUUUGUCUGCUCUUGGGUGUGUAUCAUAUUGCAUAUGGAAUUUGAUAUGCGCGAGAGGAUUUGUAUAAGUAUAUUAUAUAAGUUUUUUUUUCUAUUUUGAAUAAUCAUAUCUUUCUGAAUUUUCCUUAAGUUUAUUUCUGUUUUUUUUUUUUGAUAAAAUGAUAAAUUUAAAAUAUUUGACCGACUACUAUAUUUUAAAUAGAUAGAUAUCAGAGCAUCCAUAUAAAGAAAGUGAAUUUCUUAACAAAAAAGUUAUUUUAAAGAAAGAAAAAAUAUGAGAAAGAGGGUAAAAAUGAAAAAUCAUUUUUCUUCUGAGAAACUCUUACUUAUCUUAGAGAGAUCACAAUGCCCUUUACCAUUCUUUGACGAGUUCAUUUUUUGACAUCAAAGUUAAAUCAGAUAAUAAAAUUGCCUAAAAUGUUUAUAUAGUAAUAGCGAGAAACUAUUCUAGAAAUACUUUUAGUGUUGAUGUCCGUACUGCUUAGAGUUUAAUCACGGUGUUAGACCAUCCGCAUCAGCGGUUUAAGAGGGGGUCAUGGGCUCGGGAUCUUAGGCCCGCGCAAUUAAAAAAAAAUGUAAAAUGGGUAUUUAUCGCUGAACCGGGCCUUAGUUAUGAACCCGUAAGACGCGAGGUCAAGCCACGCGUCACGCACGGAUUGGCUGGUCGUUUCCGCGUUGACGUUGUGGAAAGACGGGAUCUCGUGUGAUUCCAUUCAUUUCUUUCCUCUCUCAAAAAAGCUAGGGUUUCAUCCCUGCGGCGAUCUUCGGUGCGACGGCGAAUUCCGUAGCUUUUGGCCAUCAAAUCGACGACGGUCUCUGUUCUCGACGCUGUAAGAUGGAUCCGGGUGAAGAGAAAAGAAAUUCAAAGAGGCAAAUCGAUAACAACAACAUGUUAGGGUUCGUGGCCGAUUCAGAGUACGGGAUUCCAAGAAAGUGUCCAUGUGGUGGGAGAAUUAUUGAUGAGGUUAGACGGAAGGACGAGUACGACACAAAUCCGGGGAAGCGGUUCUUCACCUGCAUACACCACGAGGCUGAUGGGUUCCAUUAUCGUCAGCCUUGGGUGAUAGGUGUGCAGGAGGAGAUCGAGAGGUUGACUAAGCGGGUGGUGGAGGCUGAAGACGUCAUGAGGGGGAUGUGGAAAGUCACUAAACAGAUUGAGACUCUGGAGGAACAGGUACAAAUCCUCUCUGGACAGGUGGCUGACCUGGAGAAGGUUUGCUUCGAAUGAAAAGCAAAGGACAGGGAGUGCAGGUGACGGUUUGGAGGUCACGGGUGUUGGAGCUCACGGGUGUUGGAUGUUUGCUGGCUGUUUGUUUCACGGGUAGUUUGACUUUAGUCACGGGAAAGUGUACCAUUUUGUUUCUGGGUACACAUAAUAUGUAAUAUGUUCUGAACUUGUAUCACGGAUGCUCUUAUCUCAUUUUCUAAACUCUCUAUAUAAUGUCGAUGUAUGAACUCUCUUUCUAUGCACCUCUCUAAGAAUAGCUUUCUAUGCA